GACUUGGAAUAACAACAGGUCCGUCUCCUUAACAAAGGCAGCAACCUUUCUCUGUUUCUCAUCUACAUCACUUACACGCCCUUCCAAAACCCUAACCGUGCGUCCCUACUUGAAGUUUUCUCGGUUUCAAAGUUUUAUCUUUAUAACAUCAAACCGUCUGUGUAGUUCGUUUCUCAUUAUAAAGCUAGUCCUUUGAUUGGUUUAGUUUAACUAGGUCUUCACAAUUUCAGGGUCUAAUGGCUGCUAAUACUGAUCUACCGCCGGGUGUGGACAAGGAGCAGGUUUUUGGCAUGCUAGCAAUGGAGAUGGAGUAUAAGGUAGAGCUGUUUAACAGGUCUCUCUGCGACCAUUGGCAGGAAUAUGUGAAAAGCUUGAGACUUCCUUUUCGGCUUGCCAUGGGAUGUUUCAACAAGUGUGUUGAUAAGAGGUACAAAGAACCUGAGCUAACUAUGGGUGAAAACAGCUGCAUUGAUCGCUGUGUUUCAAAAUAUUUUCUGCAUUGACAACACAUUCUCUCCUGUCUCUCCCUCACUCUCUAUUGGACAAGGAGGCACAAUAGGCCCAUCGUUAAGACCACAGGCAUGAAGUCUUCAAUAGUCCAAGAAGGCAAUAUUGAGCAUUAACACGACCUCCACUUGAACAUUGAUGCAUCGGUGCAGCUUCUAUCGCAUCACUGACUCUACCCUUUCCUGCCACCAUUGUCCGCCUCAGAAACUCACCUUCAAAGCGCAUCACCAACAAUGCUUCUCUUUCUUUCUUUCUCAUGAUUUCUUCCUUUGCUUUGUAUUUUUUUGUGAGUUUGCAUUGUGAAAAUUGAGAUCUUUUGCCUAAAGUCAUGCGUCCAUCUCCUUUGAAUUGCUUUUGGAUAUUAUUGUGAAAUUAAUUUCAAGCAGAAUUGAAUUGCAAAACCUGAUCUAUAUAGUUGAUCCCAACUAGUUUGGGUUCAAAGUUUAGUUGUGACUUUUGAGAUUUC